AUGUCCAUGUUGAAUGAGCCCACUGUUGACUUUCAUUUAAAGCUUAACGAGCAAACGUUCCAUAUACCCAAUGAGCUCUUGAAGAAUAACGUAAAAAAGGUCCACAAGCUGGUCGAACAUGAAUCCAGGCGACUGAAUCAGCUCUUCGAUGACGUGAAUAUAUUCAUGGGAGCUCAAGAAAGUCAGAAUAUUAUCAACAAGCUGAAUGAGAUUAUUAAGGUAGUUGAGCUUUUGGAACGCAAACUGGAAAAAAGGGUUAAUGUAGAAUGUGAGCUGCUGAAGCGGAUUGAAUACCGUAUCAAUUACUACAAGGAGCUGGAAAGUCUCAAAAGUACACGCAAUCGUGACGGCCUCAUAAAUUGGUAUCAAAGGUACACUAACAUAUUGAUUGGAGAAUACCUCACGCGAAAUAACAAUUUGUACGACCAGGAGCUGGGUGUAGAUAGCAAAACAGGCGCUAACAUCGGCACAGACCUUAACGCUGGUAUACGCCAAAAACGUAAGAUGUCGUCGCCGACAGUCCCGAACCUACCGAUGAAUGCGGGUUUUCAGUUUUUGAAAUCACAAAAUUUGGAAAACUACUUGGACUAUGAUAUUUUAAUUACAGCGAACCAAAUUGCAAAUAGUCUGGAGACCCAUCAUGACUUGUCAUUGCUUAUCAGCUGGAUUAGGGAAAACCAAGCAUUCUUGGAAAGCAAGUCAUCUGUCCUUGAAUUUGAAACGCGGUUCCAAGAAUACAUCGAGCUGGUAAAAGUUCAAAACUAUCCGGGCGCUAUCAACUGUUUCCAAACCCACCUCAUCAACUUCAUACACACAAAUUUUGAAGAGCUGAAACUUGCUUCAGGGCUUUUGGUUUUCAUUAAAAGUUGCAAGGGCAGUAUGCUGAAGCAGCACUCAGCUGAAAACGACCUCACAAGUAGAAGAGGGUUUUUCCAGUUUUUUUUUCGUAAGCCGCUGCCGAAAACGUUUUCUCCGGAAACUAGUGGCUUGGGCAGUGACUCAGCUAUUGUAGGUUCAAGCAAUGGUGAUUUCGAGAGAUAUACAAGAGUUCUGGACGAUGAAAGAUGGGAUACUUUGAAGGGCCUUUUUUUACAAGAAUAUUAUUCCAUGUAUGGAAUUUCUCAACAUGAUCCCCUCUUAAUAUAUUUAUCUCUAGGGAUCUCAACGUUGAAGACGAAAGCAUGUCUCCAAGGCUUGCCGAAUCCAGAUGCUGAGGACUCUCCAAUGGAUAACUUUUUGCAUAAUGAGCUUAAUCAUUCCAAGUGCCCAGUUUGCAGCGCAGAAUUUGCUCCAUUGGCCAGUGAUUUGCCUUAUGCCCACCAUAUUCAGUCGAAUUUAUUCGACAACCCGGUUAUGUUACCAAAUGGUAAUGUUUAUGAUGGAAAAAAGCUGAAAGCUUUGGCAAAUAAGCUGGUCAGUAAAAAUCUCUGCAGCCUGGAUACAGAUCAGAUCAUGGAUCCUGUAGACCGAUCUGUCUACAACGAGAAAGAGUUUAUCACUAUGUAUCCAACCUGA